UAUUUUUAGAGUCAAAAUAAUGUUAAAGAAUACAUGAUAUCAUCUGAUAGGAAGUUUAUUCUUUUUGCUAAAGAAAUUCAAAAGGAAUAUAGGCAUUCCUACAAAGCACAAUAUCUUGUAUAUGAUUUGACAGAUGGGCAUGUUUUUCCACUUCUAUCCAAAACACCUGCCAUAGAACUUCAAUAUGCAUCUUGGGGACCUAGUGGUAGUCAAUUAAUAUAUGUAUAUAAUAAUGAUAUUUACUAUAUACCACAAAUAACAUUGGAACCAAGCCCUUGGCAACUCACAAAUACAGGAAAAGAUGGUGAAAUCUUUAAUGGAAUACCUGAUUGGGUUUAUGAAGAGGAAAUUUUAUCAAGUAACAAUGCUAUUUGGUGGUCAGACAGUGGGAACAAAAUUUGUUUUGCUUUAUUUAAUGAUACAAAUGUAGAUAUCAUGACAUAUCAAAUGUAUGGUUCAUAUAAAGAUUUCAAUAAUGUUUAUCCUACUCCUAUAAACUUGAGAUAUCCAAAGCCAGGAAAAACAAAUCCAACAGUUACUUUAUUUGUCAUUGAUCUUUCUACAACGAAUCCACCUUUACAGAAAAUUACUCCUCCUGAAGAUUAUGUAGAUUCAUAUUACUUUACAUCCGUGAACUGGGUUGAUGACAAUAGAUUAUCUAUAACUUGGUUACGUAGACUUCAGAAUUCAUCAGUAAUUAGUAUUUGCUAUGAAAAUCAGAAAUGGAACUGCAUAAAAGUGAGUUUUAUUUGUAAAUUAUGUUAAUAAAUAAUUUAAUGUGAAAUUUUUAACAUUUCAUAAGCAUUACUAUAACAAAUUCUCAUUUACCAAACUUUUUUAAUUCUAAUUUACAUGUACAGUACAGUUCAUUCUUAUGACUUCAAAAGA